CGCCGUCAACAGACCAGCAAUGAUUCGCUACCUCGUUAUUCUCGCCGUAUGUGGCUCUAUCGUUUUUUCAGCGAAAUCCACAAAGUGUCCUCCGAACGAGGAGUUCCAAGAAUGCGGAACCGCUUGCGAACCGAAGUGCAAUGAGCCGAAGAAAAUGUUCUGUACAUUUGAGUGCAUUAACGACGUUUGCCAGUGCAAGCAAGGUUUUAAACGUGGACCAAAUGGAUGUGUACGCCCUAGCAAGGACUGUACCUAAAUCCAUGUAUUCUGCUUUAUUUGCAUCUUAUGAACGACUCUUUUGCUAAUUUAGUGUAUUGACUUGUGCUCCUUGCAUAAACGC